CUCGGCGAAAGACAUGUCUCUAGAUGUAUCUUGUUGACAUAAUAUUUGACCGUAUAUAUCAAAGUUAAUGAUGGCGGAGAAAAGAAAUUGUGAAGGAGCGACGGAGGAUGUUGCAAGUGACAGUAAAAGAAAACGAUUGGAUAGGAACACCUUUGCUGAAACAAAAAGCGAUAUUUCUGAUGAUACAGGAAGCAACAUUUCUGAUGAUACUAGUACUGAGUACGACAUUGAUCUGUUAUCAGAUUUAACAAGGAAUCAGCUUGUCGUUCUCUACACCCUGUGUCUGUGUCGUGAUGAUGAGGGUCUAAUCCAGCUGUAUGAUGAUGACGUAACUAUGGGAGACAUUAAUGUGAGGAAGACAGUGGAGGAGCUGGAGGACAUGGGACUGAUGGAAUACGAACACGUCUACUUGUGACAAUUCAAUCUUACAAAGAGAAUUGUUUACUGAGUGACGUAGACCAAGACUUCUUUAUAGACGUGGCCUCCAAGGACGCCUUAUAUUGGUAUAUGAAGUAUGACCCUAUCAUUAACCGUGAUAUUUCAAGUCCACAAGACAGUAGAUCUAUAUCAUUAUUGAAACUGAUGAUGGAGGAGAGGGUGGACCUUGUAGAAAUUAUUACAGUAUUCACAGAUGACAAAUUAGUGCCAGAAAGAAUCUUAGCAGAAUCCGAAGAAUUUGUCCAAUUUUGGAAGAACCAUUGUAAGCAGAGAAACAUACAUCCUACUGAUUGGUCAAGUGGUGUCUGUGAUGAAGAAAAGGAAAGAUAUUUCUCAACAUAUUCAAUUCUUUCUGGAUACCAGGAAGAGUCUCUGAAAUUGGUUCUUAACAAGUCAAAAUGGAGCAUACUUAUACUCAUAUUAAUGUCAGAGAAGUACAGUAUUUUAUAUGAAGAGAAAUUGUUGGAGGAAAAGUCGACAAAAUAAAACAUACCUUUCUGUCACUGAAUGGCUCUGACGAUGGAAUGUCUAAUUAUACGUUUUGUAUUCAAGAUUUGAUACACAAUGACAAAUUACUUACAAUGAACAAAGAAAACAAGACACUAGAGUUUAAAUCAGAGGAUAUUCGUCAUCAGGCGAUAGGGUACUUUGUUCUAAACUGUUUAUUAUCUGAUGAGGACUACAAGAACUACAUCCAACUCUCGUCCUUUGACUCGUUGUUUGAUUAUGUCCGUACUUUGGGGUAUGAAGGUGAGAAACAAGAAAAGUGCGUGUUCAUACCGAAUAGGAUGGAGGAGACAUUAACUAGGAAAAUUGGAAUUGACAUCUUAAGACACGCCACAGUGGAAGAUAGCUGGAUGAAAAGUAUUGUGUGUGAUACCUUAAAUAUUCCAGAAGAAAUUCUUUAUUGGGACUACGAUGCAAGAUGCAGGUACAUAGAAUGUGCAAAGAAAGGGACACAAACGAUCCACAGGUCCCGUGCUAUGAUUGUUGGUUGUGCUGGUGCAGGAAAAACUACCCUGCUUAAACGACUACAGAAGCGAUCUCUUGAUGAAUUACAACAGGUUCAAUCUACAGUAGGCCUAGAAGUUCACGAGGACAUUUUUGAAAUUUUGGAAGACAAAUAUUUCUUAACAGCCGUGACAGAAGAAACAGAGAAGGAAGAAAAGCAACUGUUGAGUGUCAUGGAUUUUGGAGGACAGUGUGCUUACUACGCCUGUCAUCAGGUGUAUCUCAGCAGAAGAGCUUUCUAUUUACUGGUGAUAGAUAUGUCAAAAUCAUUCGGAGAAAAAGUCGACCCAGCGCUGUGCGAACAAGAGGGGACAAUGUUUUCUGAUUGGACAUAUGGAGAGUACAUCCUUUUUUGGCUGAAGUCUGUCCACACCUAUUGUGAAAGUAAUGCUCCAGUUGUCAUCAUAGGAACUCAUUUUGAAAAAGUAAAAGGCCAGAAUUCUGACACGUUCUACAACGAAAUACUGGAUCACCUGCAGUUCAACAAACAUUUGAAAGGACACUUGGAACGAAAGAGAUGUUUUGUGCUUGGUUUCCAUACAGAUGGUACACCUUUUUACGAUACACUUUCUGACUUAGAAAAGUGUAUUAUUGAAAUUGCGAGGGAAGAAAAAUGGAAAGAAAACAUUCCAACCGACUGGGCUUUAUGUGAGGUUGUUUUUCGAGAAUUGAGAAAACAUGGGUCAAAAAUGAUAACAGUUAAAGAAUUAUCCAACAGAUGUUUCGGUGAAAAUGAAGCAAAGAGUGCGCAAAUCAAAGACGUCCUGAAAUUUUACCAUGAUAUCGGGGUCAUUCUAUACUUUAAUGAGGCUGCACUUUCUGACACAGUAAUCUUGGAUAUCCAGUGGUUCAUUGAUUCCUUCAAGAACAUAAUUACAGACCCGAACCACGUCAGGGAUUUUGCAGAAAACAGGCGUGAUUGGAUGGAUUUUUACACGAGUGGACAUAUCUUAGACACUCUUUUGACAAACAUAUGGAGAUUGAAAAACUUCGAAUUGGAUUUCUGGAACAGAUACAAGCACAAAGAACAUCUUCUCCAAUAUAUGGAACGUCUUGGUUUAAUUGCUGUUGGUACAGUAGCUCAUUAUAUUCCCUGUACGAAUAAGCGCACAUUUGGAAGUGCCGAGGAAAACUAUUUUCACUCUUUGGAAUACAAAACGCCUGUGUUGGUCUUUCGAUUCGAAUUCUUGCCAUAUUUUAUUUACUUCCGCCUGAUCGUUUCCUGCUUGACAAGAACCAACAGAGAAUGGAGAGUUUUACAAGACAAUGGACUUUGUCUCUACAAAAACAUUGCUUGUUUUGCCUAUAAGCAGCAUGCGGUUGCCUUGGCCGUUAACCCUUCCUCCAUACAACUUCAGGUUUUUCAACCGACAAAUACCCCGGUUACAAAAAACAUUGUAUUGGAAGUUCGAAAUAUUAUCACUGAUUUAUUGAAUGAUUUGCUCGAGAAUUUUCACAAAAAAAUCGACAUGUACACUGUUGGAUUCCAAUGUUCAAAGCAGGAAGUAUUUCACGAACAUGAUGAUUGUUUUGUUAAAGAAGAAGAGUUGUUAAAGAAGGGAACUAUGCUGUGUCCAAAACAUGAACUGAAUAACAGCCACAUACUAAGUGAAUCUGUUCUGCUAUUUUACUGGAAUGUGGAUGUACUUGCUGAGUCAAUAGACCCAGACUCUCUAGUUCAAAAAGGGAGUUAUGGGAAGCAUUCUGAACCUGAAAUGAAAACAUGUAGCUUCCAGUGUUUCGAAAAACUCACAAAAAUCGGCAGAGAAGCUCUUCAGAGAUACUUUGACAAAGUCUUCCCUCCAGCGGAGCUAUUUAUGUUACUUCAGAAGGAGAAAAGUAACUUAAGUAGACAGUUCAAUACAGACCAAUGUGAUCUACUGUAUCCAGUAGAUAAAUCGAUUCCAACAUCUUCUGCAUUCGAUGUGACCCUUAUGUACAAACUGUUGAGGAACUACGGUCCAAACCUUCCUACCCCGACCAAAGGCUGGGGAAAGACACCGGAACCGGGAAAGAAAACUCCAACUGAUGACGUAGAGAGAAUCCGAGUUUAUAGGAACGAGGCUGAACAUAAAACUCCGUCAACCAGUGUCAUGGAGAAAGAGGAAUGCCGUGUGAAGUGGAGAGAUUUGUGUCAGGCAAUACUACGACUUAGCGAAGGAAGCCUGGAACAAGAUAUAAUGGAACUCAUGUACUGAGGCAUCAAGACUGAGAUAGGGAUAGCGUCAGGUUGCAUUAACAACAAAGUUUUGCAUCACCAUCAGACGUUUAUUCUUGCCACAACUUUUCUUUAGUGAAGAUUUUUGUGAUUUAUUUUCUGUGAAAAGUGUAAACUUUCCAAUCAACAAACUGAUACAUCUACCGUGUAAGCAGAAACUUUAACAAGGAUUUUUUUUUGGCAUGAUAAGCGAAGGUGCUGAGACCGGUAAAUUGAUUCUCGUUAAAAAUUAAUUGUUUUUUGAUAUCGCUUAAAUUAUUUUCGCUAAAAAUGAAAUACCUAUUUUUUAAGGCUAAAUCGAUAAAUAUGUCUCUCGCUAAAAUUUCCACUUAUACAGUAUAUUAAGUGCACGAUGGACAUUUAUAGAAAUAAGGACAUUUGGCUGUCUGUGUGUCUAUUUGUCUUGUCUUUGAGUCUUCACAUAUUGAUAAAACUAAAAUGUAAAUUCUUCAUGGCACGUGAUCCAGUCUUUGAUGUUUCGGAGGUUUGUGUUUGCUCUGCUCCUAUCUUGUAUUGUUUAUUAGUCUUUAAAGCUUGAAUUCUGUCCAUUAUAUCCGUAAUUGUCUUGUAUAAUUAGCGUAUGUACAUGUAAUAAACAAAUGUAAAUUGUAUGAAGAAUAUAAAAUACUUCACAA